AUGAGGCAAGCUGGAGCAUACUCGGGAAUACUUUCUGGAGGUUUAUCCGGAAAAACUGGGCCUCACUCAUUGCCUUUGGCAAGAAUCAAGAAGAUCAUGAAGAAAUCCGGCAAUGAUGUGAAGAUGAUAUCUGGUGAGGCCCCAAUUGUGUUCUCAAAAGCAUGUGAGCUCUUCAUUGAGGAGUUAACAAAAAGGUCUUGGACGAUGACCAUCCAAGGCAAGAGGAGGACCCUUCACAAAGAGGAUGUUGCCUCUGCUGCUAUAGCAACAGAUAUAUUUGAUUUUCUGGUCAACUUGGUGUCUAAUUCCAGCCACUCCAUGGAUAAUCCUGUGGAAAUAGAAACAACUAGCAAAUGA